AUGGUAGGGUCUCGCGUGUACGUCGGGGGGUUGCCGUACGGGACCACCGAGCGGGACUUAGAGCGCUUUUUCAGGGGCUACGGGCGCAUGCGGGACGUGCUCAUCAAAAACGGCUACGGGUUUGUUGAAUUUGAUGAUCAUCGCGAUGCCGACGAUGCUGUAUAUGAAUUAAACGGUAAAAAACUUUUAGGGGAGCGUGUGACUGUCGAACGGGCCCGAGGGACACCCCGAGGUCGAGACCAAUGGUCCAGCCGCAGCGACCACCGCUCCCAUGAACGCUACGGGCCCCCCACCAGAACCAAUUACCGACUUAUCGUCGAAAACCUCUCGUCUCGCAUUAGCUGGCAAGACCUGAAAGAUUACAUGCGCCAGGCGGGCGAAGUCACUUAUGCCGACGCCCAUAAACAGCACCGUAACGAGGGCGUCGUCGAGUUCGCCUCGUACUCAGACCUCAAAAACGCCAUCGAAAAGCUAGACGAUACCGAGCUGAACGGCAGACGCAUUCGGCUGAUCGAGGAUCGAAAACGCAGUAGACGAUCAGGCUCGUACAGCAGCCGUAGUCGCUCCCGCAGCCGCUCCAGGUCCCGAAGCCGCUCCAGAUCUAAAAGCCGCUCCAGAUCGGCCAGCGCCAAACCCAACAGCAAGUCCAGAUCCAGAUCAAACUCGCGCAAAAAGUCAGUCGAUCGCUCCAGAUCUAACUCGCGCAAGAAGUCGGUCGAGAGAUCCAGAUCGCGCUCAAGGUCGCCCAAACGAUCAAGGGAACCGUCGAAGGAGGCCUCCAGGUCCAGGUCAAGAUCCCCAAGCAAAGAACGCAGCAAGUCCAGAUCGCGCUCUGCCUCACCCAACUAAUUCUUCAAACACACUUGUAGUAAAAAGUUGUAGCUUUUAGUCCUCUAUAUUUUAGCAUUUAUAACCAUAUAUUUUGUUUAAUCAUAAUCGCGUUAUAUACUUUUGUAUAUAAUAUUAUUUGUAAUGAGUUUCUUGGACGAAUUGCGCACGAAAAAACACACUUUGAGACCCACGACCACGAUUUUGACACAUUUGGACGGCAGGAAAUUUGAACAAAGUGGUGCAGAAAGCACACAAGUGGCCACAGCACAAUACGGAUUUAUCGUCGAUAAUAAACCAGAUAACGUCCCGGCAAAAAUCACCGAUUAUCUCUAUUUGGGAUCUCAGGAUUGUUGUGAUUCAACAGUUUUGCAAAAUUACCAAAUUGAAAACGUUCUGAGUGUCGGAAUUCAAGUCGAGUGUGACAGAAAUCAUAAAUACGUCGAGUGUUUGGAUUUACCGGAAACAGACUUGGGACAAGUUCUAGCGCAAAGUGUUAGUUUUAUCGAGAAUGCUGUGCAAAAACAGAGUAAUAUUCUAGUGCAUUGUAACGCCGGUGUGAGCCGAUCGGCCUCCAUUGUCAUAGGUUAUUUAAUUUUAGUUCGUGGUUUAAAUUUUUUCGAUGCAUAUAAUAUUGUAAAAAAGGCCAGGAGUUGUAUUCGACCGAAUGACGGAUUUGUUACGCAACUACGGAGUUUGACUAGAUCGUAAUUUUUUCAUUGGUUUUUGUAGUUUGUAGAAUUGUUCAUUAAAGUUUUUUAUUGGUAUGAUAAGAAUUAAUUGUAAUUUAACUUCCAAUAAAGUUUUAUAUUUA